CCAAGUGACCAGUAUUAUCUGUGAUCGACUGUUAGUUAGAACUGAACAAUUAACAAUAAUUAAAUUAAUAUUCAUUAAUAUUAUAAAUAAAUAUAAAUUUUAUACUUAAGUAUUUAUUUUGAUUUAGAAAUGAGUUUAUUUCAUAAUGUUUUUCUUUGCGCUUUGUUAGUGAAUUUUGCCGGCACAUCCAAGAUUAAUAAGAAACAGAUACCGAAUCCCCGAGUAUGCAUAAUCGGCGCGGGUGUGGCAGGGCUGACCUCAGCACGGUACCUGCAGGACGAGGGCAUCAGCUUCACGCUGCUGGAGUCCACGCGGUACGUGGGCGGCACGUGGCGGUAUGACCCCAGGGUCGGCACCGACGAGAACGGCCUGCCCCUUCACACCAGCAUGUACAAACAUUUGAGGACAAAUCUCCCAAAACCUACGAUGGAAUUGCGAGGUUUCCCAGUUCCUGAUGAUAUGCCCUCCUUUCCAAGUUGGAAAAUAUACUACAAGUAUAUUCAGGAUUACGUGAAACAUUUCGACUUAGAAAGGCAUAUAAAGUUCCUACACAACGUAAUAUUAGUAUCACGCGAAGAAAACGUGUGGAAAGUGAAAUACCAAAACGUGUUGACUGGUGAGGAGUUUGAAGACGAAUUUGACUUUGUGAUCGUGGGAACAGGACAUUUCAGCAAACCAAAUUACCCAAAAAUCCCCAAUGAAGAGCUGUUCACAGGUACAAUCAUCCACAGUCACGACUACCGGGUUCCAGAAGUUUUCAAAGACCGUCGGGUCCUCGUAGUAGGUGCUGGUCCUUCGGGCAUGGACAUAGGCCUCGACGUAGCAUACUACUCCAAGACCCUGGUACACAGCCAUCACUCCAGGGUCAACUUCAGGACGGUCUUCCCCAAGCAUUAUAUAAGGAAGCCCGAUAUACAGGAGUACAAUGCUACUGGAGUCAUAUUUAAAGAUGGGAGCUAUGAGGAAAUUGAUGAUGUAAUUUAUUGUACUGGUUUCGAGUACUACUACCCAUUCUUGGACAAGAGUUGUGGCUUGGAUCUCAGCGGCCGCAGCGUGACUCCGCUGUACAAGUAUAUGGUCAACAUCCGCCAGCCCACCAUGUUGGUCAUGGGACUUAUCAUACGCGCCUGUCUGGUCGUCGCUCUGGAUGCACAGUCCCGUUACGCCACAGCGUUGGUUAAGGGAAACUUCACACUGCCUUCUCAAGAAGAAAUGUUGGACGAGUGGAACAGACACGCCGAAGCCAUUCGGUUGAAGGGGCGACCGAUAUCCGAUAUACACUUCUUGGCGGAGAAAGAGGACGACUACUACGCGGAUUUGACCGCGGAAUCCGGCAUAGAGAGGGUCCCUCCAGUGAUGUUCAAAAUCCGCACCGUGGAUACCGCCGCCAAACUAGAGAACCUCUACACGUAUAGAAAUUAUGCGUACACUAUUAUUGAUAAUGAAACAUUUGUUAGGACGCUAGAAAGCCAAUCAGACGAUAGUGUUAUAAGAUGAAUUCGCAUUUCACACUUUCAUACUAAUUCUGUUGCACGCUAUAUUUAUGCUAAACUAAAUUGAAGUGUCUACAAGUGUAAAUUAAAAAUUUAUAACACCCCCGACAAGGGAAGGUUACAGUAAAAACUUGAUCGUGAAGUCUGACUGCAUUUUUCGUUCACACUAUGUUGACAAUACGCUGUAGCUACGUAGCCAGUCUGCGUCCAUGACGCGUAGUGGCGUAGUAUAAUAAUAAUCGACCGCCGAGAGUCAGUGGCUACGUAAGCCAGGCAAUGACUACGUAAGCCAGUCAAUGACUAUGUAAGCCAGUCAAUGACUACGUAAGCCAGUCAGUGACUACGUAUAGUCUGUGACUACGUAUACGUAGUAAUAUUAUAAUAUUCUGUGGUAUAGCGUAAUAGCGUAUUGUCAGUUUGGUGUGAACAAAAAGUUGAAUAAUGUAUGGAAAAGCAGUAAAACGCUCGGUCGCAAUCGAUGUUACGUUUAAACGCGCGGUUAAAGUUUAUUUUUUAACAAAUUUAGGAAAAAGGAUAGCAAUCCUAUGUCAAUUUAGUUAAAGUAAGAAUAUCGUGUACGACAGAAUUACCCACAUUGUAAACAAUCUCUAAACUGAACUUACGGUAUUUAGCCCGUCUAAAAUUAGAGUUAUCCUUUUCCACAAGAAACAUUGUGAAAAGGAAAGCUCUACACUAGUCAAUUAAAUUUAUGUAGAGAUUGUAAAAACUUCUAGGCUGCGAUCUAUAGUGUGUCCAUUAACUUUACGAUGUUUUUCAUAAAAAUUAUAAUAAUUCACAAUUUCCAUCCAUAGAAAACGUUUGUGCUGGUCUCUCGAAUACAGUUAAAACGAGACAGAUUUACGUCAGAGACAUAAAUCUGUCUAGUUUUAACUAUAUGAGUCAUGAGGAUAAGUCCUGUUGUACACUUAACUGACUAAAUUCAAAUAGUUUUUAGUUUUGUUUAGUUAUUGUACAACAAGAAAGCGUCAUUAUGCACCCAAGCCUUUGUAUUACAAUUUACAAUAAAACUAGUUGUUAUUA